AUGAACAACGGGCCCCUCCCAACCCGCAUCGUCUUCCUCUCGGACCUACCCACUCAAGCUCACGGCACCAAAGUCCGUUUCCUGGGCUGCGUAACGCGAUACACCUUCUCCACUGGUGUACUAGAAGUACAGCAUGCCUAUCAUCUUCCUCCAAACCAACCCACUGUUGCUUUGGUGGACGUCAAUGUGAUUUUGGAAGGCUUGGAGAGAGAAGACACGCAAGUGGGGGCUUGGGUCAAUGUUCUGGGCUACGUGGAGGAGGUGCUGGAGGAGGGGAAGAGAAAACGAGGGCAAGGGAAGGGGAAGACGGGGUUAGCAAAGAGGAAGGGGGACAGGAUACGGGAAGGGCCAAGAGCGGGGAGAGCGAGGGUGCGGGCGGUUAUGCUAUGGAGCGCAGGGGGAGUGAAGAUUGGGGAGUAUGAGAGGACUCUGGAGGAGAGGCUGAAACUGGACAAGGGAUCUCGAGAGGGUGGUGCUUAA